GUUCGUUGUGAACUAUAAAGACUCGGACCUAGCCAAAGGUCUCAUCAUCCAGCUGAAAAUUUACAAUCACAUACGCAUAUUAGCAUAGACUCAAGGCAAAAUGGUGAACAUCGAUACAAGCAGAAUCUACGUCCUGAAGAACAGCUUCACAGCUGCAGCUAAAAUACUUGCCCUAUCAGGAAAUGGCAACUCUCUCUCCAUGGUAGACGCAAGCAAUGUUACUACCAACAGCCUCUGGUUUCUUACUCCGACGAACUCAGCUAGCUACUAUCGCCUACACACUAUCGCCAAUGGUGUGCAGCAGUCACUUGAUGUCAUUAAUGACAAUGGAGUGAAUAGUGUCAACCUUCAUUUUGCCAGUACUGGAGAAUACAGUGGCCAAUAUUGGAGAUUCGACCAGUGGAACACGAAUCCUGCCUAUCCGUACCGGCUGAGCAACAGCUUCACGGGAACAGGUCAACACCUAGACGUGUAUUCCGACACUUACCAGGCUCAUCUGGCUGGCGGCGAUUACUCUGGGCAGCAUUGGGCUCUGGUUCCUUCAAAUACUGUUGUCGUGACCCAGUCUUGAUGACAGCGCGCGUUAGGGACUUGUCGCUAUCUUUCAGAUCAGAGGGCAUUUCAACCUAUGUACUCCUAGAUAUUUGUCGAUUCUCUUUCGGUAUCAGAAAUAGGGAUAUCAGGUACAGGGUGUUUUAUAGCAACUACAUGAAUGGAAUGACUUAAUCACAGAGCGACCUAAUUCUAAACAUAGUACAUGUCAUCCCCAUUUUUACUGUUGAAUAGGUAGAGUAACCCAAGUCAAUAGUAUCAUUUAGUGUGCAAUACGAAUGACUUAGAAGCCCAAUCAAUUGGUG